AUGGAGGAACCGAAGCAAGCUUCUGAACGUCCAGAAGCUACAGAUACCAAACUCAGAACAGCUUAUUACCAUCUCUUUCAUGAAAUGCAGUUCAGAUGUACCAAAAACGCACUAAUGAACUAUCAACAAGCUGAAAUAUAUCAAGACAAAGGUGACACCUGGAAAGCUGUAACGUCGUUUUUCACUGCGGCUUCGGCGUCCGGCAUUUUAGCCAGUAUUAUCCAGAAAGGACAAAUCUUGGCAAACAAAGUUGGAGUCGCUGGACUUCUAGGUCUGCCAGUAUUUGGUGCUAUGCAGUUGCUUGGAAGCAGCACAUCGGAAUUUGUGCCUUCUUAUUUAGAACGUGCUAGAAAGCAUGCCAUCGCGGCUGCAGGGUGGAUGCAGAUUGCUGAUACUGCAAAAGCAAUGCAGGUGCGGUUGAAGAUUGACCCGAACUACGAUUUAGAAAAGGUGUCGAAACAGUACGACGAGAUGUUACAAAGAAAGGAGAUGGUUUCUAAAGAAGUCCUUAUCCCAAGGGAGACGCACUCAAAUUUCCAUAGCGACACAGAGAAAGUCUACCUGGCAAUGACAAAACGAAAUAAUAUAUACCAGGAGUUUUUAAAACUAGAAGCCAAACAAAAGAGCUCGGCAGCACAGAUAACAAAUGCUGACGAUAUAUAUGUGUAA